CUCCACAGAAUCCAUAUUGGAUGUUUACACCUUUUAUUUAUUACAUUAUCAAUUUAAUACAUGUUUUUAUAAUGUACUUGAAUUAUAACUUUAAACUCACUGAUAACAAUGCUCAGUAUUAAAGAUAACUUGUAUAACUAGUGGAACAUAUUUCACAGACAAGGAACUUAUUUCAGCAGAGUACUUACAGACAUUGUGGAAGGCCGUACGACGAAUUCAUCCAGGCUAUUUGGUUUUUGAUGGAUAUUUGUCUUAUCCGAAAUCAUAACACUUCUGCUUAUUUCUAAUUACAACAUACAUCGGAGAACAUAAUUUAUAUGCGCUGGAUUGUUUUGUCUAUAAUAGUCCUUACAUUUUUUUGUUUACUAUUUACACUCUUCGCGCCGUAAUUCCACUUACGUUUGGAAACCACGUACAUAUAUAUCGUUUGUGAGGCUGAUAUUUCACUUCAUAUAAGUUGAACCAUUUCUGAAAGAUUCUUGUGUAAUACUAUCAAAAAGACAAAGUAAAGCCAUCAAAAUGUAUAGUUAAAUUAUGACUGAAUCUAAUUUACAACGAAAAAUCAUGCGUUCAAAAUUUUUAAAAGCAGUUGGUGGAAUAAUUUUGGUUUUGAUCUUAUAUGGUACAUGUAUAAUGAGAGAUAUAUCUAGCGACAAAUCUUAUACUAAGGUUUCUUUAUCAAGGACCAGAAAGUCUGUUCUAGUAACUGGUGGUGCAGGAUUUAUAGGACAUCAUAUCAUAACGAGGCUACGACAAUAUAACGUUAGUGUCAUAGGAAUAGAUAACUUCAACCACUAUUAUGACGUGAAUUUAAAAUACAAACGUUCAAAUCUGUCUAGAUUAGUUCGUCAUGUAGACGUCUGUGAUAGAGUUAAAUUGAUUGAAAUCAUCACAGACUAUGCUAUCACGCAUGUAGUGCACAUGGCAGCUCAGGCUGGUGUUCGAUAUUCUCGAUCGCAUCCUCAGGCAUACGUAAAAUCAAAUGUAGAAUGUUUUGUAGAAUUGCUUGAGAUAUUAAAAAGACGAAGCAUUCCUUUAAUUUAUGCUUCAUCAUCCUCUGUGUAUGGGCAAAAUACAAAAGUUCCCUUUUCAGAGAGUGAUCGUGUUGAUCUACCGGCAUCACUUUAUGCAGCAACAAAACGCGAGAACGAACUAUUAGCUCGUGUAUACUGGAAUAUAUACAAACUAAGAUCAAUAGGACUACGUUUCUUUACUGUUUAUGGACCUUUGGGAAGACCGGAUAUGGCUUAUUACUCAUUUACUAAAAAUAUAUCUGAGGGCAAUCCUAUAUCAGUUUUUAAUAAUGGCGAUUUGUCACGUGAUUUUACUUACAUUGAUGACAUAGUUGACGGAGUUGUAAAUACUUUAGAUAUUCCAUUUGAUUGCGAAAUUUUAAAUUUGGGACGUGGCCAGCCACAGCAAUUGAUGACAUUUAUUCAUGCUAUAGAAAAAGAAGUAGGUAAGAGAGCAAACAUAAACUUCAAAGAAAUGUCUAAAGGUGACGUAUUUAAAACAUAUGCUGAUGUAAGUAAAGCACGCGGACUACUUGGAUACUAUCCUAAAGUUGCACUAAAAGAUGGUAUAGCAAAAUUUGUUGCUUGGUAUAAGUCUGCAAAUAUCUAGUACAACAUCAUUACACAAUCAUUGUUCACAAUCAUAAAAAAAAUAAUUUUCCCAAAAGAUAGUACAACGCUGAAUGUUUACUUCCGAAAGACUAUUUAAGAUUUCAUUUCAAACGUCUAUACUCUUCAACAACUACUCAAAUACGCUGGCAUUUUCCUUAAGGAUAAAUGUUGGGCGAUACGACAUUCUUGUGUUAGCCUUUUAACGUACACAUAUGAUGCUAUAAACUUGUAAGUUUAAAAUUAUUUUAAAGACAUUUUGCAAUUUUCUCUUGUUUGUAAUAAAGAUAUAUUUCGUAA